CAAAUAGUUGUGUCAUGGCUGCGUUGAAAGAAGUUGUCACUCUUUAUCAAAAUUUAACACAAGAAUGGAAUAAGAAAGCACCCAACUUGGAAAAAUGUGGACAGCUUUUGGCAAAGUUAAAGAUUUCUUUAACUAGUCUGACAUUUUUGCCAACAAGCAAUACGUCUGCAUCCAAACAAGAGCUUCUAGUUGCAAGGGAUGUGUUAGAGAUUGGAGCACAGUGGAGUGUGGCAGUGAAAGACAUACCAAGCUUUGAGAGAUACAUGGCACAGCUAAAGUGCUACUAUCUAGACUACAAAGAUGACUUGCCAGAAUCCGUCUACAAGUACCAACUGCUGGGAUUAAACCUCUUAUGUUUGCUCGCCCAGAACAGAGUUGCAGAGUUCCAUACCGAGGUGGAGCUGUUGCCAUCCAAAGAGAUACAGACAAACGUUUAUAUUCGGCAUCCGGUGUCAAUGGAACAGUAUCUCAUGGAGGGUAGCUACAACAAGCUGUUUCUAGCAAAGGGAAAUGUUCCAGCUCAAAGUUAUAACUUCUUCAUGGACAUUCUGCUAAACACGAUUAGAGAUGAAAUAGCAAAUUGCAUGGAAAAGGCUUACGAGGAGAUUGCAUUUAGCGAAGCAGCUCGUAUGCUCUUCUUCGAGACACAGAAGCCUAUGAAAGUGUAUGCUACACAGCGAGGAUGGGCGGUUGGCCCCAACAACUGCUUGCAGUUUUCGAACAAGGAGAAAACGGCAGAGACCGAUACAAUACCAGCUCUGGAACUAGCACAACAGACUAUAGAGUAUGCACGCCAACUGGAGAUGAUUGUAUAAGGUGUCAUCAUGUUGGUACAAUCAACAAUCUACACGAGACUGCAUUUUGUAUUUAUAAAAAACAUGCAGUUUUAUAAAUAUACUUUUCAGUUGUUAUUAGUCAUUUUAUUAAUAACAAUUGUAGGAAACAUGGCCAUACUAAAAUGAAAUAGACAAAAGCUGCCAAGCGGAGUGGCCUUUCAAUGCUGUUCUAAAUGUUAUAUUACAUGUGUGUGGCAUCACCUUUAAAUAGCUAAACCAUCAGCCAGCAGGCGUAAGUUUCCAUCUAACAGUCUAAUGAAAGAUUAUGAGACUACAUUAUUUAUAUAUAGAAUUAAUAAAAAUACCAGAACAAACAGUUUACAAUUUAA